AUGAACUUGUCGAAGGCUUCCUUGGUGGUAGUGAAGCAUCCCGCACUCACUACCAAGUUUAUUGGAGGGGACGGUUUGGACCUCUCGAGCGAGGUGUUUGUCUCCCUGACUCUGAUCAGAAACCCUGGCCGGGAGAUGUAUGUUGGGCUGAGCAUCCAGUUCCCACUCUGCCGGGCAGAGCAGCUGGAGUCUUCUGGCUUUGGUGUCUCCUACACAACCAACACGGGCACCGCUGAGGGUGUGGAACUGGCACAGCGCUACAAGAUUGUCGUCAAGUUCCCUCGCGAGGGUCUCACCACCACCGUCUCCGGCGUUCCGAGCGACCUUGCCAUCCGCCUCCCCGCUAGUGUGCGAGACAAAUGCUGCCUCCUCAAGGUGAACAUUGAGAAUGUGGAUGAUAUCCGCAUUGACGGCCUCGGGAUGCCACGAUUGAACUCUGGUCAUGAGUGCGAUGCGUGGCUCCAAGGAUCACCAGUCGUCGGCAACCUCACUCUGCUCGACAUCCUCACGUCCCCAGAGCAACGCUUCAUCGUCAAGUUCAAAGGGGAAGUCUUAGAGAAGCAGCUGAAGACUGAGACCUGGCCAGCUCCUUUUGAGUACCCAUGGGGCGACACGCAUUUUUGGGACGCGGACAGGUUUCGACAGCAGGCGGAGGAGAACCCUGGCGGUAGAUUUCUCCCAGCAUGGACCUUCGCCACAGACAACGAUCAUGCUGCUGUCCUGACACAGUCCCUUGCCCAAGACAUUGUCUGGGUAGACGAUGCUGCCAAACGCCUUUCCAACCUCCGGCUUCGAGCAUACACCGCCGAGUCUCAUGACUCCAGUGCUUGGACCUGCCUUGUUGUGCCAUGCGAUCAACAAUUCAGAGAGACGUUCAAAUAUGCUUGUCGUCGCCUGGCCCACUGCCGCCUCUCGGUCGUGUUCUUCGACGAGAAGGGCAACGAGCGUUCGAUACGGCACGCUGAGAUCUGCGAGAACCCGGAGAUCCUGAGUGUCAUGCGAAAUCACCCCAUCGCAGAGCAUGAGCUGGUCCUUCGCGUGUCUCCAGAGGCCAAGGACGAGGACUUGGACGAGGACUUGGACGUGUGCCUUGACGAGGUUGAGCUGCCAGAAUUCGACAUCAAGACUUUCAGCGACCGAAUACUUGCUCUGCAGGCCUUCAAGCAGUCUAGCAGCGACUGGAAUAUCGUUUCUCUCAAGUUCCAUAUUGAAGUUGAGGAACACGAGAGAAAGUGUGAUGCCGUCAACGAGAUGUUGCCAGGAAGCCGCCCCAGUAACCCAAGUGUGUUCGGCUUGACGGUGCCCAAAAAAGACAUCUACGCUCAGCUGAUCGGCAGCCCCGAGGACAUCCAACAUGUCGCUGAACGCCAGAAGCUGGCUCGCGCUGUCAUCCGCGGCACUGGCUUCCAAGGGAUUGCGCUGGAACAACCUUGGCCCAAGUAUAAGAUGAGCGGUAUGUUCCCUGGCCUCCCAAUGGCGAAUUUUUUCCAGUUCGAGAAUGACGUCGAGCGCCGUGCUGUCUUGGAGCGUAUGCUCCCAGGUGAUCGCGAAAGAUUUUCCAGAUAUCUUUCUAACCGCCAUCUUGGACUGGCCAUGAUCACUGCUGGCCCCGGAUUCGGAAAGACGACAGCUCUGGCCGUGGCAUCCUAUGGACUGGUCAGAAGCGUAGGGCGGGUGUACAUGUCAGCCCCGACCAACAUCGCCUGCGAUAAUGCAGCUGACCGUCUGAUGGACGUCAGUACAGAUGUUACGCGUCGCAUCAACGGUAAGGCAGACACGGAGCCGCUCUGCCGCCGUCUUCUGGUGGUCCGUGGCUACAAGUGGGAGGACGAGGUGGCUGCAUUCAUGAGUAUACUCCAAUGCCCCGAGUCCAUCAACGAUGCCGUCCCCAAGCAUGGCAGGCAUGGAUCCCCGUGGAAGCUCGAGAACUCGAUCGCCUUCUGGCUCUUGAGGGCUCUUGGCUCGGCCGUUGUUCCAGCGGUCCGGCCCGACGACUGCUCUCGGCUCCAUGACGCCAGCCGCGGCUUCCAAGGCGACAAGAAGCUGGAGAACAUCCUCAAACUUGCCAGCAUGGACAUGACCUGGGAGGAGUACGUCAAGGCCGGCGAGGUCCCAGAAACCCGGAUCCAGAGCAUGAUGAGAUAUGUCCUCAUGCAGGCAGACGUCGUGUGCACCACUCCGGCCGAGUCGAGCAAGUUGCCCUACUCGAAAUGGAAGCUGGAGCAAGCCUGCGGCUUUACCAUUGACGAAGCUGCCUGCAUGAGCAGGCCAGACUUUUACACGGUCUGGGGCAACACCAUGAUGCCCUGUGUGAUGGCAGGCGACCGUCUGCUGCUGAAUGUUGCUGUCAGGUCCUUCCACGACGUGACCUCCGAUGGCGAUGGCGUGUACCGGAACCGCCACGGGCCUGACGCCAGAAUCUCCAUCAUGGAGUUUUUGCAGGCUUCUGGAUGGCCCAUUUUCAGAUUACACACGCAACUUCGCAUGGCCAGGGGCCUCUUCGCCCUCUCCCAAGAGGUGAUUUACCCAGAGUUGCGUGCCCAGUACGGCGUCAGGUGUCAUAUCUCGCUCCCUUGCCAUGCAUCUGGCCGUGCCAUGGAGGCCUUCAUGCUGCGCAAGUUCCCAGAUAUUCUCAGGCCAUGCCCCGAGGGUACCCUGCGUGAGGUCUUUGUCCAUUGCCCAGGCUCCCGGGUGAGAGUGAGCCCUAUGACCAAGUCCAAGUCGAGCCCAGACCAGGUCAGGAUCGCGCUUCGCCUCCUCGACGAGCUUAUUCGGGAUACCCAAGCUCGGGGUACCCAAAUUAACCCAUCGGAGAUCAUCAUUAUCGUUCUCCAUUCAGCCAAUGUAGAAGUAGUUAAGCACCAACUCAAGCGAUACGCCUCUCUGGUGGGUAAAGUCGUGGUAUCAACCGUCGAGUCGAUCCAAGGCAAGGAACGUCCGAUAAGCGUCGUCAUCUUCGGGACCAACGAGAUAACGGGACCAGGGUUCUCCAAGGAAGCCAGACGCCUCAAUGUCGCAAUAUCGCGACAUACAUCUUUCCUUCUCCUCAUCGGAGAUAUAAACGUCACUGGAGACUUUCGCAGCGGCGUAUCCACGACCAAUGCGCACGGUCGAGGCGGAGGACGAGGAGGACGUGCAGGUGGAAUGGACCUCUGGAAGUUGGCCGGGCAGAGGUUCCUUGCCAGAAAUGACAAUGGAGAGUUGGAAUGUCAGGUCGCCCAGAAGUUGAGGGCCAUCUUAAUCCUCAUGCAUCGGGCUGGGCGUGUUGUGACGGUUGUUGGGGGGGUGUAG